CCCGCCGCCAUGGCCGCCGUGGUGGUGGCCGGGUCGUCGCCGUCCCCGGACGAGCCGGUGCCCAAAGGCGGCGCCGAGAAGGCCGAGGAUGAGCUGGACGACGACGACGACGACGACGACGAGUUAGACGAAACCAUCGCAGAGAGGCUGUGGGGCCUGACUGAGAUGUUCCCCGAGAGAGUCCGAACUGCGGCCGGAGCCACCUUUGACCUGUCCCUCUCCGUGGCCCAGAAAAUGUACAGGUUUUCCAGGGCGGCUUUAUGGAUCGGGACCACCUCCUUCAUGAUCCUCGUUCUUCCUGUGGUCUUCGAGACUGAGAAAUUGCAGAUGGAACAACAGCAACAACUGCAGCAACGUCAGAUCCUCCUAGGACCCAACACGGGGCUGUCAGGCGGGGUGCCUGGAGCCCUGCCCCCGCUGCCAGGGAAGAUCUGAUCUGCAACAGCUGCAUCCGAUCUGCCUCCGUGGGGGAAGAGUUUCAAACUCAACCGUUUGAACUGUUAUUUGGGGGCUGGAUUUUUAGGUUGUUUUUCGUUUUUUGUUUUGUUUCGACACACUGGCACACAGACCCCUCUGACGUGAAGGGGAGAGAAGCCCGUCCCACCCCAGGAGGCUCCCGAUUUCCGGGUCCGCGUUUCACCCCGUCGUGAUCUUCCUCCUCGUCCCCGCUCCGAUAGGGGAGCGCAGCAAUCAGACGGUUAAUCCAGCUGGGGCUCCCCCGGCCACCCUUGGGUCCCUGGGGUGACCCAAGUCGGAGGGGAACAGGUCUCCGGCCCUUAAGAACUACCUUUGUUUUUUUCACCUGGUUUUGUUUUAAGAGAAAGAUCACUUGGGGGCAGGGAAACAUAAAUGUACAACCGAUACAACAGCGAUUUAACAAUCACUGUGAAUCCUCGAGGGUCCUGAAGAAGAGAACCGGCAACAAAAAACUCACCGCAGGAGGGGAAUGGGCGUGACAGCAGUAAUUUAUUUCCUCCAGAUGUGCUGGCUCUCGGUUGGAUCUCUAAAGCGAUGUGUGUAGAAAAACAGUCAGUGCUAACUUUUUGUAGUAAAUAUUAAAAACAGUUCCACCGUUAA